UGGCGCUGGUGAUUGCUCGACCGCCGCACCGUUUACAACAUUCGCGUGUGUCGUGUGUCCUACUGUCAAAAUCUUAUAUUUUUUUCCUUCUGUACCCGACCGACAAGUUGAGGCGUUGAAUGUACGUUAUGCAAAAUGCGUCAAUGUUCAGUACUUAUUUAUAGCCCGUGCGAUUCUUCAAGCUUCAAUUGCCAAAUUUAUUGACGCAAGUGAUUUCGUGAGUGACGUUUCUCUAUAGAACCGUCUCACCAUUCUAAACAGUUCGUUCGAUAAUUCGCGGAUUCACCGAAGCGAAAAUUGGCCGCUUCGACGUGUUUUUUUGGGUACUUCGAUCUGGGUGAAAAUAAUUCUGCGAGUCAAUCAUGGCUCCAGGAGUAAAUGACGGUCCAAGAAACACCGGCACGCUGCCAAAAAGCAAUCGUAGAAACAACAGGAAUCGGGAAACUCCCAGCGUCAAUCAACAGGCCGCGUCGAGAUCAGUUUAUCACAGCCGGAUUCAACAUCCGAACAAUCUGCUCGAUUGGCAGCCUGUGAACGAUCGGGAAGCGGUUAGAAGCACGAAAAACAGUAACGCGAGAUCCACUGCUUCAGCACCUUCGAUUUCCUAUCCCGAUUUUGCCGAUAUUGUUUCGUAUAGCAGUGGUCGACAGUAUAAUUUCACGGGCGACGAGGGCUCUCACUGGCAAGAAAUGGCUCAACCCGUAGACUCGAGAACACAAUCUCCACCCCAACUUCAAAGAACAAAACCUACCAACGUCGACAAAAUGCCGGAUAGACGCCAAGUGGAAAGUCGUUUACAUCAAAUACGUGAUUACAUCGGGGUGACUUCGACGAUGAUAGAAUCUCUGAGCCAAUCUUCGGAUCCGCGCGCACGUACGCAACUUGAAAAGUUGAGUAGAAUGGUCGAGGAUCUCUGCGACAGUGAAACCAAAUUGGCUAAGUUGUUGGAAGAUUAUAAUGUCAGAGGAAUCACCGAUGAGUCCGGUGACCAUCCGCCUCUGAGAUCCGAUCAAAUGAAACGUUUCGUCGAGCUUCUCGAUGUUCUCGGCUCCCAAGAACGUUUUCUCGUCACUAAUUCUAACCGGAGGAACAGCGAGAGUGGAAAAGAAGAUGGCGAAGAAAACGGUAAUGAGCCUCUGGAGGUUCAGUUACGCCGAAAAAUGGAAGCUUCUCAGCGAAAGCUCGCCGAACUACAAGAGCAUCAAGCGAAUCUUGUGGGAAUGCAGCUGCAAGUCCGAGAACGAUUGAAUGCAGCUCGACAAGCUCAACAGGCUCUUUUGCAACAAGAAAAUCAGACUCCAUUGACAAUCGCCCCAGUGAGCUCGUCAUCCGCGUGGGAAACUCCUAAUCGUGGCUCUCAGCCGCCUCAAGCUGAGGCCGAAGAAAUCGACGCUGAAACCGCUAUGCUUAGAAGCAAACUCGCUCAUCUUCAGUCCAAAAAAAAACACAUGGAUCAACUGAUGGUUGAACUCCAAGCGGUUGAACUUUCGGAUCGAACAAGUGUGAGUUCAGAAAGUUCACGAAACGCAGAGCGUGACAAGUGCGCCGAACUCGAGGUCCUGAAAGCUCAACUGGCUCAUCUGAACGCUUUGAUGGAACAAGCCACGAGGGUCCGUGAAGUAACGAGUUCGACAGCCGAGCCGGAUCACGAAUUGAACGUGAAUAACGCACCGAUUUCGGAAAACCCCGAACCCAUCGAGGACGAUGUUGGAGCUGGAGCUUCGUACAAUUCUUUCGAUCGCCAAAGUGAUAUCGACGACUUGGCAGCAGGGAAAGCUCGGAAUUCGAAGGACAGACCGACCGUUGAGGAAAUUCAGGCCGUCACUCGUGAAUUAAAAGAGCAAUCGAGCCUUCUGCAAGCCGCGCGGGCAGAAUUACGACGUUUGAAACAAGCGAGUGGUCUAACGUGCGUUAACAAUGCACCCGCAAAUUCGAGUCUACUGCCGGGUACAACGCCGCCGUCUUCGAUCGGCGGAUUUCCCAUAACCGAAAAGAAACAGAGCAACAAUAACAAUAAUAACAAUAAUAAUAGCGCAAACAAUCAUCAUACGAACGGUGACAUUCAACAGGCACAAACGAAGAAACGUCAGAUGGAGGAACUCGUGCGAAAGGACCAGAGUCAUUCGUCAAGUGUAAACAGAGAUGUGCCAGCGGCAGAUUGGAGCAGUCGACGAGAUUCGAAUUCGCAGCUCAGUCACACUAGCACCCCGGCAAACGUUUGGCCACAUCCCAACGUAGCUGGCGGUUCAAACGAGCCAAGCGUGGACGGAGUAUCAUCUUCGGAGAAUUUAUUGGACAUCGGGCCGCAGAUAGCAGCGGUAGAAAAUGGUUUCGGUCCAAAUUGGUGGAACGAGCCAGCAGCGCCGAUGGUGAAUCAACCGCAGAAUGGUCCGGUGGGUAGUGCGGAAUAUUAUCGUCAACUUUUGAUGGGCUCGCAAGCUCAACAGUUACAAAUGAUGGGAACUACGAUGCAACAAUGCUGUCAACUGUUAUGGGCUCAGCAACGUGAAUUACAGUCAAUGAGGAAUGCUAUAACACAACUUCAACAACAAUUUCGUCAGAGUAUGAAUCGGAAUGGUGAGAUACCGGAAAACCGAGAGGAUUAUUCGAACCUUAGCAGAUCGGCUCAUCAUCUUGGCAGCACCCUCGACGCUUCCCUGCCACCGAGCUCGUCCUUGCCUAAUCUCGUCUCCCUUCCCAAUUCCGCGAACCCACCAAUACAAAACCCUCCAGUUGCUUCCACGAGUUCUCAACAGCAGCAGCAACAACAACAACAGCAACAACAACAACAACAACAAAAUCAUCAUCAACAAUUAAACAACCAAGUGCCACCUGGCAAUCGAGCCAAUAACUACUGGGACAAUUUUCGAAGCUAUUCAAGGCAAAAUCUCUUAUCGGGAAAUCCGAAAAGUGCAGUCGACUCUGUUCCUGGCCCUUCCGGGAAUUCCACAGCCUCUACCAACGCCACCGGAAGUACUGUCAACAGCACACUCGCACGGGACAAACGAAAUCGCGAACACGGUGCUGCAGACAAUUUGCCACUGCAAUCAAUCUCGAGCGCCGAUGCUCAGUACUCGUUAAAUUUACAAUUACAAUCGAACUUGCAAUCUCAAGAAAGGGAAACUUCGGUCGCACGUAGCAAUAUUCUCUCGAACGAGGCUUCCUCGCAGCAACAACAGGUCGAAAAUUUUUGGGAAGAGAAUCACUCGUCGUUUCAUUCGAUCGUUGAAAACAACGAUGAUUUGGACUGUCUUCGUCACAUGAGUGGAGAAAUGCGAGACAUUCUCGAGUCUUUGGUCGUAGAGAAUCGCCGAAGACCGGACUAUUUAGUAAUUAUUCUGAGAGAGAUAAAAGCCAUCAGCAACGAUCACAGAUUGCGUUCUCGUCUUCUUAGAUCUCUGCGAGCUCUUCAAGACAGUCAACCGAUGAGUAAUCCACUGAACGAAGUGACGGAUCACACGGCAAGUGAGAGUUGUCAAUCGAGUGACGAAGAUUCUGACUUUGGGGCACAAGCGAGCGCGUUGAGGAGCUCGAGUACCUCGAAUCGCAUGCUCCUGCCUGAAAUUUAUGUUCCUUCUCCUCCCUCGGGACAAAUGCAGCAAAUGUCACAUCCGCAAAUGGUCGAACACUUGGAAUUUGAAGCCGUUUUGUCUCUUGAAAAUGUCAACACGGUGCCAGCUUCGGCUUCUAUGACGCCGGGCUACAACGAGGAUUUAGCAGAAGCCGAUCAAUCAAGACCGGAAGCUUCGAACAGUCAGCAGGGCUCUCCGGAGGACGACAACAUCGAUGGAGUUGAAACGGAGGAAAGUCAAGGCGCAGUAGGCCUAGAAAUGCCGCGUGAAAUUCCUGACGUUGCUCAUCCUGACGAGGAAAUGUCGAAUGUGGAGUAUGCCAUUCUCGAUCGGAUACCAACCCGACUGUUUCACCACUAAAUAUCGCGAAAUAUUCCUGAUUAAAAUUUCUAAUGCUAGUUUGAAACAAUCGUACAAACGAUAAAACUUGGUCAACGCUGUCAAAUAUGAUUUUUUUUCAUGUGGUAAUUUCUUAAAAAUGACUGACCCACUUAUCGACUUUUAUACUGUCUUUUCAAAGGGGCGUUAAAGGCGUACUUAUGCUUCACGAUAUUCACGAAUAUUUGCUUCGUCUUGCAUUUAUUUAUGACAACGUUCAUAGUUCCUUCUUAAAAUUUGUUUUAAAUAUUCUUCGUUUGUCUCCUCAGUUGUAUUGGAACUUUGAGUCACUAAUUCGGCGAUUCUGCCAUUCAAUUCGAUAUUGAAUUCGUACGAACUUUCUUGAUUUCCAUGUACCGGUGUUGAGUCAUCGAUUUUACAAUAGGUAAUUGGAGCAACUUUAUUUCAGUCUCAAAACAUUUUAAAAUAACUGCAGAAAAACAUAAUUCAAAGAAAAUCAUUUCAAAUGCUGCUCCAAGCUAUUUACCAUGAAUUAUUUAUUUUUUCUCAUUAAUUUAUUUCUCUUUCGACUAAAAAUUUGUUACAGAAACAAACAUUUUUUCGUCGCUCGAAUAUGGUUUAAAUAAAAAUGCAAAAAACGGGCUGAUGGUUUUUCCUUAAUCAA